AAUUAAAUAGUUAUUUUUUUUAUGCCUUUGUCCUUGAGUUUGCUGGUCGGACCAUCACAGUUGGUGUCAGAAGUGGGAUCCUCCAGUUAAGGACAAAGGUAUAUUUCUUAAUUUUUUUCUUUUUUUUUUGGAAACUAAAAAAAACCCUAAACCAUGAGAGGAGCCAGAGGUGGAGGUGGUAAAACCAAGGCAGCUCCAUCAGACAAAGAAGCGCAAACAGAGCAUGAAGGGUGUGGUGCAGUUUGUGAAGAGGAGGAAGUGGAUGAAGAAGGGAAAGAGCCAACCAUAUCUGACUUGGCAGGAAUCCUGCAGGCCUACAUUGGGCAGCAAAAAGAUCGAGAGGCACAGUGGGAGCAAGAAAUGUCACGUCAGGAUUACAGGUUUAAGGCUCUCCAACACCAGUUCAGUUUAUUUCAAGAGGAGUUUCAGGCCCAGUCUUCUGCAGGCCUGAGGCCUAUUGUGCAAGACCACGCCUCCUCAUCUGUUGGAUUGAAGCCUGAUGUGGAUAGUUCACUUCCAGAACCUGCUCUGUCGGCUGUUAAAUCAGAACUCCAAGUUUGGAUUAAGGAACGAAACCCCAAAAAUGCAGCCGAGGCAGUUUCCCUCGCGGAUGCCUUUGUGGCCGCCCGUAGGAAGACUCAACCGUGGGCUUUUAGAACUGCAAAAAGGGAGUUUACUCCAACUUCAGGUAACUCCAGUCGAACUGAAAAUGUGAGUAAGCAGUUUGGAAAAGAAAAAGGUUUUUCCCCCGGUCAAACAAAAACUUUGAAAAAACCCAUCUGCUAUCUAUGUGGCCAGGAGGGCCACACAAAGCCUAUGUGUCCUCAAAAUCCUGCAAACCUCUCUCAGAUGUGUUUUGUUCCCAGAGAGAACCAUGUUUUGAACAGACAAAACCAGCCACUGAUGGAGACAACAGUGGGGAUAGAGGGGCAAAAGGUCAAAGCCCUGAUUGACACAGGAAGCACCCAGACAUUGGUACACCGCAGGUAUGUCCCACCGCAUAUUAUUUGCACCUCUGAAACCAUACCCAUCUGCUGUGUCCAUGGGGAUGAAAAACAAUAUCCAACAGCAGAUAUUUACAUGAGAGUGCAAGGACAUGUUUACCUGUUAAAGGUGGGUGUUAUGGAUGCAUUACCCUUUCCUGUUGUCUUGGGAAAUGAUCUUCCAAUUCUCCCUGACCUAGUGAAUGGUUUUAAAAUGUGUAAUGUUGUAUUGACACGAUCCCAAGCAAAGACUUUUGGGGAAGAUGAGUCCAGUCUAAGAGCCUUGCCAUUUUUUGGGGCUGAGAUUGAAGAAGGUCAAACUAAAAACGCAAGUCUCUUUGACGUUCAUCACAUCCCGGGGAAGCUGAACACGACUGCCGACUACCUGUCACGCUGGCCCAUGGAGUUUCCAGAAGAGGGGGAGUGUGUGGAGGUUCCUCCAUCUUCUCAGUGUUAA